AUGUCCAGCGAUCAAAAAAACCAACAUACGAAAGCACAUACAAUUUUGCAUGAUCACUUGAGCGUACGGAAACUUUGCAGUCGUUGGAUCCCACACAAUUUGACCGAAGCUCAAAAACAGGCUCCGAUGGCCAAAUUGGACCAAUUACGAUUCGAAUUGGUUGCUCACCCACCGUAUUCUCUAGACUUGGCCCCCAGCGACUAUUAUCUGUUCCCACACCUCAAGCGGUGGCUUCAGGGAAAGAGAUUCAGAUCGAAUGAGGAAGUCAUCGCGGAAAUCGAGGCGUAUUUCGAAGGAACGAAACGCUUGAACGUUUCGUACUACAGAAAGGGCAUCGAAAUAUUGGAAAAUCGCUAUACUAAGUGUAUCGCCCUCGAAGGCAACUAUGUUGAGGAAUAA